UAUGGCGAUGCUGGUAACGAUCAUGUUCGAAUGGUGCUUUUUACGUGCCACCGGCACGGAAGCCAGUCAGCUGCUCUGGCAGCGAUCACGCUCAGAUGGUGCACUUAUCGCUCUGCUGGCACGGGUGCCAGUCAUCGAAUUUGCGAAUUUGAUUUGAUUUCGAUUUCACUUGCCUCAACAGGUCUUCGCACCAUUUUUCAUACUUUCUGGGGAUAAGCAAAACGGAAAUAACAGUUGCCACCCAAGAACAAAAAUUGUAUUACACAGUGUAAUAUGCCUUGACUCAUUGGACAUUUGAGAACUUGCUCCAGAUGAUCUAAUCAAACAAGACAUUUAAGCAGGAUGUUUGAUGAAGAAGAAGAUAAAGAAUCUGCUCAUGAUGAUGAAGAUACUGUUUUGCGUGGUUCUGUUUUGUCAAGAUAUAUUUCUCGGUUCCGCUAUGGUGAACCACAGAGCAGAACACAACGUGUCAGUCACAAAUCCAGAGGGCAGGAAUUUUGGUGGCUAGAUUCUGAUGGUGAGGUUGCAUCUCCAAGGCAGGCUGACAGUUCUUCAGAUGACAACUUAGGUCAGAUUGUUGGUUUAGCUGAAGAAGCUUCUGUUCCUCAGUACCAGAAACAGCAGAAACAGAACAGGUUGAAACAAAAGACUCUGCUAAAUCAAUCUAAGAAAAGACUUUAUUCCAAACCACCAAGGUAUCAUUCAACAAACAACUCCGCUCUUGUUAGAAGCUACUCUGGAUGGGACUCACCAGAGCAAGACCAGUUUCAGUUUGAACAGUCAGAAACACCAGAAAGGCCAUUCCAUGAGCACAGCAAUAAGGCUCUUAAUGGAGAGGAUCUGCUUGCAGAAUGGAGGAGGAAAAAAUGGAAUGGUCUUAAUGACAGCUCUGAUAAUAAUAAUCUGAUUUCACCAACUGGAAUGGCCCUUGACAAUGAGAGACCGGCAUCUCCUACUCCUUCUGUUGAGCUAAGUCAUGACUCCUCAUGUGAUCCUGUAAUCAGCUCAGAAGGUAUUGGAAGUUCCACAGCUGGAGGCUCAAGUACUGAUGAUGUCAGUUACAAACCCAACUUUACCCAGUUCUUGAAUUCAACAAAGAAAGAUUCUGAUGUAGACAAAUACAACUGUGGGCUACCAUUCAGUCAGUACUGGAAAGACAACCUUGAUAAUGACCUUCUCUAUCAAUGGCGUGUGAAACGACGGAUUCAGUUGGCUCGUGAACAGGCUCAGUACAAGCAGGGCUACCAGGUGUCACACCCAUCAAAUCAGGCACGGCUUCAUGGAAUUGGAACAUUACAUCCUGGAGCUGGUAAAGGGAAUCUUGUUGAAGAAUCUUUAGAAACUCAUGACCAUGACGCAAACUGGAGUAUUCAGAAUUGUUCAGGAGAUCUCCACACAAAUUUGGUUCAGAACUCAGCAACAGUAUUGGCCCAAACACAAGAAGUAAAGAGACAGUUGCAAGAUGCCAAUGUUCAGUCUAAGGUGAAUGUUGAAGUUCAAACUUAUCCUGAUUCAAACCUUCCCAAAGUAACAACUACUCAGACAAUACCAAUUGCGAGCCCUCAACUGCGGCAAUGUAAUUCCUGUAGCAAAACUGUACCAGCACAUGUCCACAUGGAGUGUGACAUUCUGCCCUGUAAGCAUUGCUCACGCAAAAGCACAAGCGCUGUUGUGGCUUUGGACCCAGACAAACCUGUUACUCUUGAACCAACUGAGUACCGGAAAUAUCUAGUUGCUGAGAAACCACACCACUGCCUGAAACCUGCAGUAAAUCCAAGUGUUGACCAAAAACAAAGACAAGAUUCAGGAAAGGAAAAGAAGACAUCGAGAACAGACAAAAAAAAAGGGAAAUGUAACAGAAGGCCUCCACAUGGACCUAGUGCGCAUUUGAAUGGUACUCCUCAUGGACCUAGUGUAGGUACUUCCUAUGCAUCUGGAGAGGUUUUGAUUAGUACUCCUCAUGGAUCUAGUGAGGUUUUGACUACUACUACUCCACAUGCAACUGGUGGAGGUUUGACCGAUACUUCUCAGUUGACAAAAACUUCAGAAAGUAAACUUUAUAAAAUACCAGCUAACAAAGAGAAAGACUACUUUAUAGAAGAUGAAAAUAUUGAUUCUACAGACAAAAACAUUCCAGAUUUGUCCUUGGCUCCACAGCAAAGUUCUUUGGAACCACAGACAAUGCUAGAAGUCAAGGAUCAUUCAAGGGCAGUUCCUCUUGUGCCAGUUCCAGGAUCCAUUCUCAGUGAAGAUGUUCAUGCACCAAUUCCAGAUUUAUUUGAUGACAUGUACAAUUCUGAUGAAGCUGACUUCCCUUCAGACCCCUUACUGCAGUACCUUCGUAAGCUGCGAUCACAUUAUCAAAAAAGGAUCAGAGAUGUUGAUAGAAAACUCAAAAAUCUCCACCCACAAGAGAUGGUCCAACUUGAAGAUCCUUGUACCAGGAAUAUCUGACAUCUGAGUGACUAGAGAUUGGACACUUACUCUCUGGAACUUUCCAGUAAAUAUUGUCAUCAUUGUUGUCAUCACCGUUAUCACUACUGUGAUUCUUGCUGUUAUUGUCCUCCUCCUCCUGCUCCUCUCAUUAUCAUUACAGUCGUUGUCAUCUUCAUUGUUGUUGUCAUCUUUGUCAUCAUAGUCAUCAUCAUCACCAUCAUCAACAUUAUCAACAUCAUGAUUGUUGUUGUCAUUGUCCUCCUUUUUCUUCUCCCCUCCUCCUCCUCAUUAUCAUCAUCUUCAUCGUUGACAUUAUCUUUAUCUUCAUUGUUUUUGUAAUCUUUGUCAUCAUUGUCAUUGUAGUCAUUGUUAUUGUCAUCAUCGUCAUCAUCAUCAUUAUAAUGUCCAUUUCUUUAUCUUGGAGUGGGCGGCAGAAAUCAUGUUUUUUUGCCAUUUAUAUAAAACCUCAAGUUGGAGUGUUCCUUACCUAAGUGUGAUGCCAGAUGGAAGGAUUCACUUAACCAAGGAAGAAUUUCACAAAGCAAAUAUUGGAACAUGAAAAAAAAACAAUAAAUACACUACAUUACUCUACAUUAUUCAAUGUUCCCUUCUACGAAACUGUGGUGCUCUGUAUUACAUUAUACUGCAAAAUGUUAUGUGAUGUUGAUUUUGUAGUUACCUGGAUAUAACAGCAAUAACAGAACCAGUAACAAUAAACAAAAUAAAAAGUAAACCAUUUUAUCAUUCAAUAAAGAUAUUAGAUACUAAAUGAA